AUGACGACGACGGCGGUGAUGGGCUCUGCAAAGGUGGAUGGCAGAAGCGGAUUCUGCAAUUCCAGCUCGACAUUCUACAGCAAGCGCAAGCCCAUACCACUCCCUCACAACGAUUUUUUGGACAUCACCACUUUCAUUUCGUCUCAGGCCCACCGUGGCACCGUCGCCUUCAUCGACGGCUCCACCGGCCGCCAACUCACCUACGCUCAACUCUGGCGUGCUGUGCGUUCAGUUGCCUCCUCUCUCUCCGACAUGGGCAUUCGAAAGGGCCACGUCGUACUGCUGCUGUCCCCAAACUCCAUCUUCUUCCCGGUGGUGUGCCUGGCCGUGAUGUCGCUGGGUGCGAUUAUAACAACCACCAACCCCCUCAACACCACCGGCGAAAUUGCCAAACAAAUCGCCGAUUCCAAACCGGUGCUGGCCUUCACAACCCGUCAACUCAUCUCCAAACUUGGCGGUUCAACUACUGAUCUCUCCAUCGUGCUCAUUGAUGACGAUGAAAUUAAAGCUCCUAAUCAUGGAAAUGGAAAAAUUGUGUCGACCUUGGGAGAGAUGAUGGUGAAGAAGGAAAGGCAUGGGAGUAGCAACGGAGGAUUGAAUUUGAAGGAAGAAAUCAAUCAGGAUGACACAGCGACUCUGCUCUACUCGUCGGGGACUACGGGUGCGAGUAAAGGCGUGGUGUCGUCUCACAAGAAUCUGAUAGCGAUGGUGCGGGUCGUUCUCAGCCGCUUCAAUCUCGACGAUGGGGAGGAGAGGUUCCUGUGCACGGUUCCCAUGUUCCACAUCUACGGCUUAGCAGCGUUCGCCACGGGCCUACUGGCCUCAGGAUCAACGAUCGUGGUUCUCUCCAAGUUCGAGAUGCAUGACAUGCUGUGGGCCAUCCAGAAGCACCGUGUCAGUUACCUUCCGCUCGUUCCUCCCAUACUGGUUGCGCUCAUCAACGCUGCAGAUCAGAUCAAGGCCAAGUACGAUCUGAGUUCCCUGCGCAGGGUUCUGUCGGGUGGGGCCCCACUCAGCAGGGAAGUAAUUGAGGGAUUCGUGGAGAAAUAUCCGACCGUCACCAUUCUUCAGGGGUACGGAUUGACGGAAUCAACGGGCGUGGGAGCGUCGACGGACAACCUGGAGGAGAGUCGAAGGUAUGGUACGGCGGGGCUGUUGUCGGCGAGCAUGGAGGCCAAGAUUGUGGACCCCGACAGCGGUAAGGCACUAGCAGUGAAUCAGACAGGUGAGCUUUGGUUGAAGGGUCCCACCAUCAUGAAAGAGUAUUUCAGUAACGCAGAAGCCACUGCAGCGACCCUUGAUGCACAAGGAUGGUUAAGAACUGGAGACCUGUGCUACAUCGAUGAGGAUGGAUUCAUUUUUGUGGUUGAUAGGUUGAAGGAGCUCAUUAAGUACAAGGGAUAUCAGGUCCCCCCUGCGGAACUAGAAGCUUUAUUACUGACGCACCCUCGAAUUGUUGAUGCUGCUGUUAUACCAUUUCCUGAUGAUAAGGUUGGACAGUAUCCGAUGGCAUAUGUGGUAAGGAAAGCCGGAAGCAAUUUGUCGGAGAAGGAUGUCAUGGAAUUUGUCGGGAAACAGGUGGCGCCGUACAAGAAAAUCAGGAGAGUGGCAUUCAUAGCUUCCGUACCUAAGAAUCCAUCUGGAAAGAUUCUCAGGAAGGAUCUUAUUCAGCUUGCAACUUCUUCUUCUUCUUCUAAACUUUGA